AUGCAGAAAACAUCAUCGAAGUUGACGAGUCCCAUUUCACGUCCGAGGCAUGACACUCAAAGCUAGAUCUUUGUGAUGAUCGAAAGUAGGACAGGCUCUUUUCGCUGCAUAACAGUUGGUAACGACCUCACAGUUGAGAAUUUACUUCCAAAACUUGAGAUUUAUAUUGCAACAGACGAUGAAAAUAGGAAUAUUGUUAAACCGAUAGUGCUGCAUUCUACUCAUUCAUCGAUGAAUGAAGCUAUGAGAGAGGAGAGUAGUCAAUCAUUAGGUAGGUAUUGGGAAGGGAAAAUAGACCAUGAAUUACAUUGA